GAAAAGGAAAUUAAAUAAUGUAUAAAUAUACAUAUGCCUAAUUGACUAAACUUUUACUUUUUCUAGUAACUACUUUUGUUGAAGGUCACUGACUAUGAGCUUAUUCCCGGAGGGAGGAAUAUCAGAGUAAUUGAGGAGACAAAGCAUGAAUAUGUGGAUCUUGUGGCUGAACACAUUUUGACCACAACUAUUCGUCCUCAGAUCAAUUCUUUUCUAGAAGGCUUCAAUGAAUUAGUGCCUAAGGAACUUAUUUUAAUAUUCAAUGACAAGGAACUUGAACUUCUUCUAAGUGGACUUCCAUAGAUUGACCUUGAUGAUCUUCAAGCCAACACAGAGUAUACUGGAUAUUCAGCUGCUUCUACUGUAAUUCAGUGGUUUUGGGAAGUUGUUAAAUCAUUUAACAAGGAGGACAUGGCGAGAUUACUACAAUUUGUUACUAGAACAUCAAAGGUUCCCCUGGAGGGGUUUAAAGCAUUACAGGGUAUAUCUGGUCCCCAGCAGUUUCAGAUUCACAAGACAUAUGGUGCUCCUGAAAGGCUGCCCUCUACACAUACCUGUUUUAACCAACUAGAUCUACCAGAAUACUCUUCCAGGGAACAAUUAGAAGAAAGGUUGUUGCUUGCUAUCCAUGAAGCUACUGAAGGCUUUGGUUUUGGUUAGACCUUGUGGCAGUUGAUAACAUAUGACUAUUUUCUCUCUGCCAU